AUGGCGCCCUCCUCCACCGCCGUUUCUCCCUUCUGCAAAUUCCUCAGCCCUCUCCUCUUCCUCCUCUGCUUCCUCUCUCCCGCCCAAUCCGACGACCUCCAAACUCUCCUCGCACUCAAAUCCUCGCUCCACAAUCCCAACACCAACGUCUUCGACACCUGGACCGCCGCCACUUCCAUCUGCGGAUUCACCGGAGUCACCUGCGCCGCCGCCGACAACACCUCCGUCGCGGAGCUCGAGCUCUCCUCCUCCAAUUUGAACGGCCCCCUCCCGCUCGACUCAAUUUGCCAGCUCAAUUCCCUGGAGAAGCUCUCCCUCGGCCACAAUUCCUUCACCGGAACCGUGCCCAAGGAUUUGAGCAACUGUACCAAACUCCGCUACCUCGAUUUGGGCAACAAUUUCUUCACCGGCGAGUUCCCGGAUUUCUCGGCCAUCUCCCAGCUUCAGCACCUGUACCUGAACCAGAGCGGGUUCAGCGGACAAUUCCCCUGGAACUCGCUCGCCAACACGACCAGUCUCGUCGCGCUCAGCCUUGGAGACAACGCGUUCGAUCCGACACCGUUUCCUCCCGAGAUUGUUCGGUUGACUAAUCUCCGGUGGCUUUACUUGACGAACACGAGCAUCGUGGGGAGAAUUCCCGACGCAAUUGGGGACCUCACCCAGCUUAUUAACUUGGAGUUUUCGGAUAAUUAUCUCACCGGCGAGAUCCCUGCUUCGAUUGGAAACUUGCGGAACCUCUGGCAGCUGGAGAUGUACAACAACAACCUGACCGGCAAAAUCCCUGCCGGGCUCGGGAACUUGACGCUGUUGGAGAAUUUCGAUGCGUCGAGGAAUCAUCUCGAAGGAGAUUUGUCGGCGACCAGGUACUUGACCAAUCUAGUAACUCUCCAGUUGUUCCAGAACGAGCUAUCCGGCGUUGUGCCGCCGGAAUUCGGGGGGUUCACCAAGCUGGUCAACCUUUCUCUGUACGAGAACCAGCUGUCGGGUCAUCUGCCGGAGAAUCUGGGCUCUGUUUCCGGCUUUGAUUUCAUCGACGUGUCCGAGAAUUACUUGACGGGUCCGAUUCCGCCCAAUAUGUGCAAGAAAGGGGUGAUGAGAGGACUUCUGAUGCUCCAGAACAACUUCACCGGCGGAAUCCCAGCCAGUUACGCCAAUUGCACGACUCUGCUGAGAUUCAGGGUGAGCAAGAACUCGCUCUCCGGCGAAAUCCCCGCCGGGAUUUGGGGGUUGCCCAACGUGAACAUCAUAGACAUCGAGGACAAUCAGUUCGAAGGCAGAUUAACGGCUGACAUCAGGAAGGCGAAAUCACUUGGACAGUUGCUCGUCAGCAACAACCGUCUCUCCGGGGAACUCCCCGAGGAGAUUUCUCAGGCGACGUCGUUGGUUGCCAUCUCGUUGAGCGACAAUAAGUUUUCGGGCGAAAUUCCGGAGAGUGUCGGAGGGUUGAAGCUUCUGAGCAGCCUUCAAAUGCAGAACAAUAACUUAAGCGGCUCAAUUCCCCGAUCAAUAAGCCUCUGUAAUUCUCUCAGCGAUUUAAACAUCGCCAGAAAUUCCCUCUCCGGCGAGAUUCCGUCCUCGUUGGGAUCCCUGCCAACCCUCAACGCUCUAAACAUCUCCGACAACCAACUCUCCGGCAGAAUUCCGGGUACCCUGUCAUCGUUGAAACUCAGCCUCCUUGAUCUUUCCAACAACAGAUUAACCGGCGGCAUCCCUCUGUCCCUGUCAGUCGACGCUUACGACGGCAGCUUCGACGGAAACCCAGAGCUCUGCAGCGAAACCGUCAACGGGUUCAAACGCUGCCGUCGUGAAUCGGGAAUGAGCAAAGAUGUCAGAACUCUAUUGACCUGCGUCGCGGUUGGAUCUUUGAUUUUACUCGUUUCAUUCGGAUCUUACUUGCAUCUAAAGAACAGAGAAAAGGAAGACGGCGAUCGAUCGCUGAAGGAAGAGAAUUGGGAUGUGAAAUCGUUCCACGUGUUGACAUUCAGCGAGGACGACAUUCUGGAUUCAAUCAAGCCGGAGAAUCUCGUCGGAAAGGGAGGAUCGGGCAACGUCUAUAAAGUGACUCUCGCCAACGGCAGAGAUGUUGCUGUGAAACACAUAUGGACCGCCGGCCCGGAUGAUGGGGGGAAGCACCAGCGGAGCUCCACGCCGAUGCUCGGGAAGCGCGGCGGCGGAGGCGGGAGAGGGAGGUCGAAGGAGCUCGAAGCGGAGGUUCAGACAUUGAGCUCGAUUCGACACCUGAACGUGGUGAAGCUCUACUGCAGCAUAACGAGCGAGGACUCGAGCUUGUUGGUGUACGAGUACAUGUGCAAUGGGAGCCUAUGGGAUCGACUCCACACGUCGCAGAAAGUGGAGCUCGAUUGGGAAACGAGGUACGAGAUUGCUGUCGGUUCUGCGAGAGGAUUGGAGUAUCUGCACCAUGGAUGCGAGAGGCCGGUGCUUCACAGGGAUGUAAAAUCCAGCAACAUUUUGCUGGACGAGUUUUUCAAGCCGAGGAUUGCUGAUUUCGGGUUGGCUAAGGUUGUUCAAUCCGGGUUGGGUAAGGAUUCGACCAGGGUCAUUGCUGGAACUCAUGGAUACAUUGCUCCUGAAUAUGCGUACACGUACAAAGUGGACGAGAAGAGCGAUGUGUACAGCUUCGGGGUGGUCUUGAUGGAGCUUGUGAGUGGGAAGAGGCCGAUGGAGCCCGAAUUCGGCGACAACAAGGACAUAGUAGAUUGGAUUGGAAGCAAGUUGAAGACGAAAGAAAGUAUAUUCAGUAUUGUGGAUUCUAAAAUCCCUGAUGUGUGCAAGGAUGAUGCGAUUAAAUUGCUGCGAAUUGCCAUUCUCUGCACGGCAAAGCUUCCGAAUUCGCGGCCUACGAUGAGAAGCGUGGUCCAAAUGCUUGAAGAGGCCAAGCCAUGUAAGCUGUUGGGGAUCUUCAUUAGCAAAGAUGAUGGUCCUCCAAAGACAAUUGAAGUAUUGGAGAAGAAGCCCUAAUCUAGAAAGAACAUCGAAGUGAUGAAUUCGAGCAGAUUGGGUCACGUACGGUUUAUGGGGUCAGCCCAGUUGAUGGGGUUUUGGAGUAUGUAAUGUAUCAUAAAGUUGUGAGAUAUAGUCGAGGAGUCGAUGAUUUAGCUGUAAAGUAAUCAGUGGUAGAUAGAAAGGAAGUAAGGUGGUGUUUGUUUGUAGUUUUUUGUGUGGUGAUGUUGUGCUUUUGGUUUCUUAGUGGCGGAGCAAAGGCUCCUUUGUU